CACGAUUCCGAUCACAAAACCUUUGCCCUUCUUCCCCCACCACCACCACUUUCUCCCUUCAACGCAAAGCAACUCCAAACAGUUCCCGCGCCGGAUCACAGAUUGAUGAUAUUCCCAACACAACACUUUGCCUCAUGUUUCCUUCAUAAUCCCUCCACAUGAAGGAAGGGCGGAGAACCAAAUCCAUCUCCUCCCCCGCAAAAAUGUCGCCCUCCGCCACCACCAAAAUCCACGUCACCGCCUUGGACGGGAUCGUCAACGUCAACUCGCUCUUCACGCUAGCCCUCUUCCUCGGCCUCUCCCAGCCCAUCUCCAGCUCCGCCGCAUCUCUCGUCACCGACCCAUCCUGCGCCGCUGCCUCUUCCACCGGCGAGGACUUCCUCGUCUUCCACGUCUACGCCUUCAGCUCUUUUCUCUUCUCCAGCCUCGUCGCCUUGGCAAUCAAGCAGGCCAUCGUACUCUCUGACAACAGCGCCGCUGAUAUUACUAGCGCUACCAAUUUCGCCGCCGCUGUUGUUGAUAAUGUGCUGGGACCGGGUUACUAUGAGUCGCUGGUUCAUGUCAAUCUCAAGGCCCUGCGGCUGGGGACUUUGAUUUCGGGAUUGGGUUCGAUUUUGGGAUGUGGGUUCUUGACUCUGGCGCUGGUGAACUUGGUGCAGAUCAAAUUGGGGGUUCUGAGUUGUGGGAGUUUGUACACUGUUGCUGCAAUUGCGCCUUUGGUCACUCUGGUCCCCUUGGCGUCCAUUGUCUAUGUUUUCCUUCUGCUUCAUGCCUUCACUCGUUAG